AUGUCCAAGCGAGCAGAUGCCUCUAAGUGUGGUGGGGUUGUGGUUGAGUUUGAGUCUGAAGACAUCAGGGAUGCAAGAGUUAAAAAAGGAAUAAGUAUACCAGGUUCAGCUCUUAUCUACCUCAAAGGUCCCAAGUUUCUCAUCUAUGUCAGUGGAGCUUUGUCAAUGUGGGGGGACCGCAUGUGGCACUUUGCAAUCUCUGUGUUCCUGAUUGAGCUGUAUGGCCGUAACCUACUGUUGACGGCUGUGUUUGGAUUGGUAGUGGCUGGGUCAGUGCUCCUACUCGGGGCUUUGAUUGGAGACUGGGUGGAUCGUAAUCCCAGGAAUAAAGUUGCACAUGCAUCUCUCUUCAUUCAGAACAUCUCAGUGACAGUAUGUAGCGUUGUGCUCAUGUUGGUGUUUUUAUAUAAAAAAAGGAUUGAACAGAUCUGGGAUGGAUGGCUUACUGUGGUUUGUUAUACGGUGGUGAUCGUCCUGGCAGAUGUGGCAAACCUUGCAAGCACAGCCUUAACCAUUGCCAUUCAGAGGGACUGGAUUGUGGUUAUCACAGGCUACAACCGAGGUCACCUUGCUGGAAUGAAUGCAACCAUGAGGCGGAUAGAUCAGGUGACUAACAUCCUGGCCCCACUAGCGGUGGGACAGGUCAUGACCCUGGCUUCCAAUGUAGUUGGCUGUGGCUUCAUCCUGGGCUGGAACCUUGUGUCUCUCAUCGUGGAGUUCUUCUUCUUGUCGCGAGUGUAUCGCAUUGUUCCUGCUCUUUCAAUCAAACCGCCCCUCACAGAGGAGGAUCAGGCUCAGGUCUAUCUACAGAGGAUGGAGAGAAGAGGGUCACAAGAGGGAGAUGAUGUAGCACAACCUCAACCUCAGACAGAUGGUAACUGCAACACAAGCCUGCACUUAAAGGAAAUCAAAGACCUGCCACUGUGUUUCCGGAGGUUUCGCUGGCUGGUGAGCACCUGUAAGGAUGGCUGGAGGGCCUACUACCGCCAGCCUGUCUUCCUGGCAGGAAUGGGUCUGGCUUUUCUGUACACCACAGUACUUGGCUUUGACUGUAUCACCACUGGGUAUGCCUACACUCAGGGCAUUAGUGGCUCCCUCCUUAGUGUUCUGAUGGGUAUUUCAGCUAUCACAGGGCUGAUGGGCACUGUGAUGUUCACCAGACUGAGGAAGACCUACGGUCUGGUUAACACAGGCAUCAUCUCGAGCUGCCUUCACCUUGGCUGCUUGCUACUGUGUGUCUGCUCUGUGUUUGCCCCAGGCAGCCCUAUGGACCUUAGCUUGCUGAUGCCUCCUGUCAGUCCCAACUCCACUACUGAGCUAGGAGGGAUGUUGAGUCAAAGGCAGAAACACACAUAUCCAUUGCGGGGAGGCAGUAAUCAGCCACUGCUACCAGACCGUUCCUCCAUCCACUGGACCAACAACACUCUCCUUUUUGACAACGUGCCCUCUGGUACAGCACCAGAAUCCUACAUCUCUAUCAUCCUAUUGUUCUUGGGUGUCAUCACAGCACGCAUUGGUCUUUGGUCCUUCGACCUGACAGUGACCCAGCUCCUACAGGAGAACAUCUGUGAGUCCGAGAGAGGUGUUGUAAACGGAGUGCAAAGCUCUAUGAACUACCUGAUGGAUCUGCUUCACUUCAUCAUGGUCAUCUCUGCUCCACAGCCCCAGCACUUUGGCAUUCUUGUUAUCAUUUCUGUGUUGUUUAUCACCACUGGGCACAUCAUGUACUUCUUGUAUGCACACAAAGCCAAGAGAAAACCCCGCCUCGACACAUAA